AUGGACGAUGAUGCAGAGACUUAUAAGUUGUGGAGAAUCCGAAAAACCGUUAUGCAGCUUUGUCAUGACCGUGGAUAUCUCGUGACCCAAGAUGAAUUGGAUCAAACUUUAGAUCAAUUUAAAGAACAAUUUGGAGAUAAACCAAGUGAGAAAAGGCCAGCUAGAAGUGAUUUAAUAGUUCUAGUAGCUCACAAUGAUGACCCCACUGACCAGAUGUUUGUUUUCUUUCCCGAUGAAGCAAAAAUUGGUAUUAAAACUAUAAAAACUUAUUGUACAAGAAUGCAAGAAGAAAAUAUUCAUCGAGCUAUUGUUGUUGUACAAGCAGGUAUGACACCCUCAGCAAAACAAUCACUUGUGGAUAUGGCACCAAAGUACAUAUUGGAGCAGUUCUUAGAAUCAGAAUUACUGAUUAAUAUCACAGAACAUGAGUUAGUUCCUGAACACAUUGUACUUACACCUGAUGAGAAGCAAGAACUCUUAGCUAGAUAUAAAUUAAAAGAAAACAUGUUGAUGCGAAUACAAGCUGGAGACCCAGUGGCCAGAUAUUUCGGACUUAAAAGAGGACAGGUAGUGAAAAUCAUCCGAUCAUCAGAAACAGCUGGAAGAUAUAUAUCUUAUAGAUUAGUUUGCUAA